AUGAAACAAAAUACAAGAAAAACAAAUAUCCAAAAGGAUGAUACAAAGAGAAAACAAAAUAUACCACAGGUAACAGAAAAGGAAAACACUGAAACAUCAAAUUUAAAUAAAUAUAAAAAAGGAAAAUAUGAUAAGGAAAAUGAAAAACAAUCAAAUAUAUCUUCUCGUUCCCUUAAAUAUUUAGAAAUACAAAGAAAACUUUACAAUAAUUUUUAUGUAAAACCAGAAAUGUAUUUCGAACAUUUAUCAGAUAAAUCAAAUGCUAAAAAUGAUAAAUCUUGUGAAUGGACGAAUAAGAAGAAAUCAUCCGACAAAUUAUCUUCAUCAAAUAAAGUACAUGAUAAUUAUUUAGAUAAUUUAAAAACAGGUUGUGUUGGAGGUGCUUCUACGUGUGGGCUUUCGUCUAUAAUUACAGCAGGAUCUGGUAUUUAUGCUGCUACUGAAGCGGCAGGUGCAGCGAUCCCGGCAUUUACAGCACAAAUUAAAAGUGCCUUAGUUGGUGUAAAUUUCUUUUUUACAUCUUCGUUGGAAACUGCGAUUCAAGGUGCAGCUGUAUCUGGGGGAUUUACUCAUCUUCUUGAAGGAUUAGGUACUGUUGGAAGUCCUGCAAUUGCUGGUACAUCGACAUUUUUUCCUUAUGGUAUGGCAAUUGUUGCGCUAAUUGCUGUAACUAUUAUAGUGAUACUUUUGUAUAUAUGGUUACGAAAA